AAGGGCGGAGUCUCGAAGAGGAGCAAGUUGUUUUAACGUCGGGCGCAGUGGGACCAUGCAGGAGUAUCAGAACUUGCCGAUUGACAUACAGACCAGCAAGCUGCUUGACUGGCUUGUGGACAGACGACAUUGUAGCCUGAAAUGGAAGGGCCAGGUCCACGCUGUCCGUGAAAAGAUUGCCACAGCCAUCCAAGACAUGCCUGAGAAUGAGGAGAUCAAGCAGCUUCUUGCUGGUUCCUAUAUUCACUAUUUUCACUGCCUCCGGAUUGUGGAGCUCCUUAAAGGGACAGAAGCUUCCACUAAAAACAUCUUUGGCCGCUACUCUUCUCAGCGUAUGAAGGACUGGCAAGAAAUUGUAUUGCUGUAUGAAAAGGACAACACUUUCUUGGUGGAAUUGGCCAGCCUUCUGGUACGGAAUGUCAGCUACGAGAUCCCUUCUCUCAAGAAGCAGAUUAGCAAGUGUCAGCAACUGCAACAGGAAUACACCCGUAAGGAGGAAGAGUACCAGCUGGCAGCCACUGAAAUGAGAGAGCGUUUCUAUGCCUCCUGCAAACAGUAUGGAAUUACGGGGGAUGAUGUCCGCCGGGAACUGCUGGCCUUGGUGAAGGACUUGCCAUCCCAGCUUGAUGAUAUUGGAGCUGGUGCCAAGGGGCUUUUGGAAGCCAUUGACCUGUACCAGGCCUGCGUCCAGUUUGUGUGUGAUGGCUCCACAGAGCAGGUAGUCCCGUUAUUGCGACAUGUGCAGGCUCAGGGCAACACGACCAUCUAUGAGUGGAGGCGGGGCAUCAAGCCGACCUCGGUGGAGCGACCGAAGACUGAGGAAGCGGUGGAAGCAGCGGGGGAGGAUGUGAUUGACUGGGGUGACUUUGGAGCAGAGUCAGCAUCGGCUCCUGAGGUAGAUUAUGGUAUCUCGGUUGAAGAGGCAAGUGAGGAGAUAGACUGGGGCAUUUCUGUGGAGUCAGAAAUGCAGGAGAGCAGUGCUGCAGGCAUAGACUGGGGAGACGGGAAGGAUGAUGCAUCUCAGAUCACACUGUUGGAGGCUGGCAGUGAAGCCCUAGCCUCAGAGGGAAUCGCGCGAGGACCUGAUGCACUCAGUAUCCUGGAGAACUCAGAGAGCCGGAACCAAUUCAUUGAUGAGCUCAUGGAACUGGAGAUCUUCCUCUCCCAGCGCAUCGUUGAGACAGGUGAAGAAGCAGACAUCCUCUCAGUGACGCAGUUCCAGCUGGCGCCACCCAUCCUGCAAGACCAGACCAAAGAGAAGUUGGAGGCCAUGGUGGCCACCAUCCAGGACCUUAUUGGCCGGCUGACCAGCUUGAGAAUGCAGCAUCUUUUCAUGAUCCUCGCCUCCCCAAGGUAUGUGGACCGUGUGACUGAGCUCCUCCGCCAGAAAUUGAAACAAGCCGACCUGCUACUCCUAAAGAAGGAGCUGAUGAUUCAGAAGCGGCAGGAGGCAUUGGAAGAGCAAGCCAGCCUGGAGCCAAAGCUAGACCUCCUCCUGCAAAAAACCAGGGAUCUGCAGAAACUGAUUGAAGCGGACAUCUCUAAACGGUACAGUGGCCGGCCUGUGAACCUAAUGGGUACCUCCCUCUGACUCCCCCUCAUCAUGCUUGCCUCAAGCACCCUUUGUGGGGUUGGAGUAGGAAGGUAUGAACCACGACCUCAGUCGGAGAGGAGCAGUGCCAAGGAGGAGGAGGGAGAAGAAUGAAGCAGCUUUAGAAACAAGAAGGGAUACCAUCUGAGAAGGCUGCAGGACUUUGGGCUUCCUUGUCUGCAUUCUCUGUGGAGCAAUGAGCAGGCCCCACACGGUUGAAUAAAGCUGUUGUCCCUUUGUGA